AUGCCAUAUCGUUUCUCAUUCGCCAGCCCUGUGAAUGGUCAGAGCGACGACGAGCGGGCGCAGCAGCAGCAAGAGAUGGGAGGUGCAGAGGGCGAGCCGAAACGGCAGAGGAGGUCGUCGUUGUUGAGGAAUAUUGGCGGGUUGUGGAAGAGGCAUUUGGAGCAGAAGGAUGUUGAGGCAUGUCCAUCAACGGUGGCCGAGGCAGAGCAGCCGGUGGCAGAUUUGUUCGCGAGGACGAGGAGGUCGAGUCUACCCGAGACUCCUCCACAUCGAAGGGCGGUGCCGUCGUUGCCUCGGCCGCAGACGUUCCGUAGGCAGGAGUCUGAGAAGAGGGAGAAGUUGUUGGAGGUACCGCCGAGUCCUACCGAGAGGCGGGCUCCUAUGCCAACUCUUGCGUCUUCUGCUCCCGAUGUCUCGAAACUGGAUGAGCAGGUUGGACCGGUCAGUGGAGGUUCAGAGACCGGUGAAGGCGAUGUUGCGAACCAGCGGAGGUAUCUUCCCGAACUGCCGCCGCUGCAAAUACCGCCAUUGGACGACUUUGAUGCACCGUAUUCGUACGAUGGCGAUGAGGAGGAAAUCGACACUGCUUUGCAAGAUGAAUACGACCAACGAUGGAUUCUCAACCUGAGCAUGCAAUUCCGCGACAAGUCGAAUCGAGAGAAGUUCUUCGUGACAUAUGCUGAGACGCCUUCCAACUGGAGACGAUUAACAAUAUCGCUCGACUACCGAAAAGCGCCUGAAGGCUCCCUCGAAGCUGAUCUCAGUACACUUCAUUACCAGCGCGACAAGAGCUUCCGCAUCUACGAAUCCAUACGCGAAUCGCUUGCAGAGAUCCAAUACUUCCCCACUGUGACGAAUCUCAAGCUCGAAACGAACCCGGAAGAUGGCCAGCUGCACGUUCAUGUGCGUGAGGACGCCAACGAGAUUGUGCAGUUCCCUUCCAUCGAUCUAUUUGGCCACGUCGACGUCCCCCGACACCGCGAGAGCGAUCUCGAAUUCAUCUCCCAUCUCUCCGGCUUCGUCUACAAAGUCCGCGCCGGCGACAAGACCGUCAUCAAAAAAGAAAUACCCGGCCCGGACAACAUCGACGAGUUCCUCUACGAAGUCAACGCCCUCCACGCCCUCCUCGACUCCCCUCGCGUGGUCGACCUCGAAGGUCUCGUAACGGACGAAUCCGGCCUCAUCGUCAAAGGCCUCCUCAUCUCCUACGCCUCCCAAGGCGCCCUCGUCGACAUACUCUACGACUACCACAACACCUCCCAACUCCCCUGGCACCGCCGCGAGAAGUGGGCCAAGCAGAUCGUGCAAGGGCUCUCCGACAUCCACGAAGCAGGGUUCGUGCAAGGCGACUUCACCCUCUCCAACAUUGUCCUCGACGCCGCCGACAACGCCGUCAUCAUCGACAUCAACCGCCGCGGCUGCCCCGUCGGCUGGGAACCCCCCGAACUCGGCCGCCUGAUCGAUAGUGGCCAGCGCAUCGGCAUGUGCAUCGGGGUGAAAACCGACAUCUACCAACUCGGCAUGGUCCUCUGGGCUUUGGCUGAAGUCGUCGACGAGCCCGAACGCAUCAGUCGCCCUUUACCCACCGUCUUGGACUCGAUACCGACCUACUUCCGCCGCAUGCUCGAGUCCUGCUUGUCUGAGCGUCCGCAGGGUCGUCCGAGCGCGAAGAAAUUGCUGCAUAAAUUCCCCGCUUCCGCUGGACGAGCCCCGUCUUCGGGGACGAGGAGUGUGGAUUUCGUCGUUGAUGAUGAAGAAGCGGUGGUGCAUAGCACGAGUACGACGAAUACGACGCAUCGCAGCGAUAAGGAGUACAUUGACCCGCAUCUUGCCGUGACGCUUGACGAUGUUAAUGCUCGCACUUCCCGCACUUCCCGUCGUCGGCAACAAGUCCGCGACGUGUCGCCUUUCACGACAGAGCAAGUCACGUACCUCGACCCCGGCGUACACGAUCUCGUGUCCUCGCAGCCAGCGGAGAGCACGACGUCCUACCGUUUCGAAUCUUCCGGUUCCUGGGUCGUUGGACGGCGAGGCAGGAGUCCUGUUUCUAGUCGUCGACGACGCAGUUCGCCUUAUGCGAGAUGUGGGAGUAUUUCGUCGAGCAGGACGAGUUUGAGUCGGAGUCCGCCUAGACGGGGCAGGAGGGGAGGGGGGAGUGAGGUUAGUGAGAAGGAAGGGGAGUUGGUGCCGCUGCCGCUUGGGGAUAAGAGGGUGGUGGCGUUGAAGGGGGAAGUGGGGUCUGGGGGGAGGGAGUUGGUGCAUACGGAUUCCGGGUUCGAUGAGCAGAUGGAUCUUGAAGAUGUUGAGCAGGUGGGGCAAGGGGGUGUGGUGUUGGAUGGUGGCGAGAAGGAGCUGCAACAGACGGUCGAUGAGGUGGUGCCGAGUCUGGAGGAGAAGUCGAGUAAGCCUCCAGGGGCUGGAUGCGAUCACGAACCCCUGCCUCCUGAUGCGCCCGCUACCGCCGCCGGAGAGGAACGGCAACCACGUCCCACCGAGCCUGCUGCUGCGGCUGAAGAACAGAUAACUCCCCCUCCUCCACCACCCUUCGAAGGCCUAGAAGAACUGGCAAAGCUCUUACCGUCACUUCUUCCGGAACCAGCGCAUCCACCUGCCCCUUACGAAGAACCAGAUAUCGACACCAAAGCCCCCGCUCUAGCCUCCGCUCCCCCUAUCAACGACCGCGGUGAAAGCACACCCCUACCGCUUCCACAGCCAUCUCUUCCACAAACACCUGACACUACCCCAACGCUCGCGAUCACGAGCACGACCUUACCGGAGCCUCAGGACGCACUGAAACGGGAAUGA